GUAAAUUUAGUUAAUAGAAAAUACGAUUCUCGAGCAAGGUCUUAGAAUUCUUGAUUCUCGAGAGCAAUUUUUAAAGCGAAAUCUAAACCGGAAACGGAAGUUACAUCAUAUAAUAAGCUGAAGUCAUGCAUAUAUGUUAUCUGUAGUUUAUUAUUAUUUAUACUACUCUAUAGUCGAGUAUUUGAAGAAAUUCAGAGAUUAUUUCCACAUCGAGCAGUAUAUUUAACAAAUAUUAAAUCAGAUGACAUCUAGUUAUUCUUCAUAUUGAAUCCAUUUCUAUAUUUAAAACCCAACAAACAAACAAGACAGUUUUCAUGAGAUGUCAUCUAUACUAAAUAAAGUUUACAAUGAGGAAACAAAUCCUAUUUCCUUACUCUCUUGCUCAUUUGGCAUGCUAUCAGUUGCCAAACUAAUCACAUUUGUUCUAUUGUGGCUGAAAGAAUAUCCAUGCAAGUGCAAUAUCAAGAAGAAAGAUUUCUUUAGUGUUAUCGGCAAAUUCAACUGUAGCAUCAAAAAGCUGGGGUUAUACGGUAUAAUUUCAGUUUUAAGUAUUGCGUUUUAUUUAUAUUUUGGUCCAAAUAUUAAAAUCAUUCAUCUGGCUAUAGGCACUAUUAUUAUUGCUGCAUUUUUUCUACUCCAGGAGCCAAAUGCAGUUGAAAUUAGCAGUAUUUUGGAAAAUAAUAAUAUAAAUAUUGGCUGUGGAGCAGCUCAGCAAUAUUUUUAUGGUUACCUGAGAAUAAUUAUGUCUGCAGAAACAAAUGGAUGGAGAGAGAGGAUUCAAAAUUACAGAAGACGACAUGGUGUAGAUAUUUAUUCCAAACUGAUCAUACUGUUACCAGAAAGCUGUCAAAGCCGCAGUUUGUUAAUAGAUGACCUUUGCGUUCCUGAGAUACGACUGGCAAGUCCACUAGACCCAUUGAUACUCAACAAGAGUGGUAUUGAAAGAAUUUUUGAUUCUACAGUUUAUGUAAUAGAUGAGCAAAUUUGGUUUGUAGCAGAAUAUGUCCCACCACUGACUACUUUCUGCAAAAUGUUAGAUUCUGGGACAGGGCAUGUGUUUACUGCAGAUGACAAAAGGGAACAAUAUAUUCUUUUCUGUCAGCAUCUGAAAAAAUUGAUUGAACAGGAUGUGGACUGUGCAGACAAAUGCCUUCUUGUCCAAUAUGAUGAUAAAAAAGAACAGUCAUUAACACAGUUGCUACUCAAAAGAAUAGAAGAUGAUAGAUUGCAAAUGGGAAGAGCUGCUGGUUGAAUUCUCACUAAAAGAAUAAUAUAAUAAUGUGAUUAUUGUAUUUCUUAAUGGGCACUAUUUAAAUGUUUAUAAAACAAAUGCCAUAUAUUGAAUAUUGAUAUUCAAAUGUUUGUUUAUAAUUUUGUGUGUUUUCAUGUAAAUUUUUCAAAUUGUCAUAUUUACUAUUCCUUGUCAAUUCAAUAAAAACAAUUUUUAAGCUUAGACAAUAUGAAAAUUGAGGUGCAGUUUAUCAUCAGAAAAGUGACACGAAA